AUGACUAUCAUGAAAGAUGCUCAGAGACCUAACCAGGCGUUUGUUCUACACCCAGGAGGCACAUUUUCAUUUGAAGAACGCAGCAAGCCCACACUCCAAUCUUCCCGAGAUGUUAUAGUCCAAGUUAUGGCAACAGGCCUUUGUGGUUCAGACGUCCACUACUGGCAGCACGGCCGGAUAGGGCGAUACGUCGUUGAAGACCCCAUAACGUUGGGCCACGAGUCAACCGGGAUUGUGAUCGAGAGCGGAAGCGACGCUCAAGGUGUAAAAGUCGGAGAUCGUGUCGCUCUAGAACCAGGAAUCGCCUGCAACACCUGCACCCAUUGCCGCAGUGGCCGCUAUAACCUCUGCCAGGCCAUGCGCUUCGCCGCAACGCCCCCAUACGACGGAACACUCGCCAGCUAUUAUCGCGUCCCCGCAGAAUGCUGUUUCAAGUUGCCACCACAUAUCUCCCUGCGAGACGGCACUCUGAUCGAGCCUCUCAGUGUCGCCGUGCAUAGCUGUCGGCUGGCAGGCAACAUGCAAGAGAAAUCAGUCGUCAUAUUUGGAGCCGGGCCGGUUGGCUUGCUCUGCUGUGCCGUUGCACGAGCAUUCGGCGCAUCAACAGUAGUCGCAGUGGACGUUGUUCCGGCUCGGCUAAGUUCUGCGGUCAAAUAUGGUGCUACGCACACAUACCAAAUGAGCAGCGAAGCGGCGGACAAGAACGCGGAGGACUUGUUGACUGCUGCAGGGCUGCAGUCGGGUGCUGAUAUUGCCUUGGAUGCGACCGGCGCAGAGCCCUGCUUGAACUGUGGUAUUUUCGCCCUCACGCAGGGUGGAACUUUCGUUCAGGUCGGCUUGGGAAACCCGAAUCUUUCCCUCCCAGUUGGUCAGAUCUGUGAUAAAGAGGUCGUGUUCAAAGGCAGCUUCCGAUACGGACCUGGGGACUUCGAAUUGGCUGUUGGAUUGCUGGAAUCACGUCGGGUCAGGCUGGAUGGCCUCGUCACUCAUGAGUUUCCUUUCGGAGAGGCGGAGCAGGCGUUCAAUAAUGUCGCCAGGAGAGUUGGGAUUAAAAGUGUCAUAUAUGGUCCAGGUGUUGAUGAAGAAGUUGCAAAUGCGGCUUCAGUAUAG